CAACAACACUGGAUCCAAGGAAAAGAAGCAACUCUAAGGUUUCGACUAUAUCACGGGCAGGUAAGUAAAUAUAUAUAAUAUUAUGUCAUGUAUCGUAAAUAGCAUGUGAGUUGCAUAUUUAAUUUGAACUGUAACAUGUAAUAUAGGGAGACAGAGCUCUACCACCAUGUUUUGAAGUAAUUUAUGGGCAUGAAUUAGGGUCUUCAUGCUACGCAAUUGAUGAGUGGGAUAAUUGCUUAGUGUUGGAUAUAGAAAGUAAAAAUAAACAGAAGGCUAUAACUAAGGGUUCAUUCGAGCUGAUUAGGAAUUUUUAUUUUGUCGGGAAAGGAAAUACUAUACAGUUUACCUAUGCGGGUUUUGGGAUAUUUUUUAUUUCACUUUUCGAUGAAAUGAACCAACCAAUUAAAAUUUUUCCUGAAAAAAAUUUUUAUGUGGGGGACCGAUUGGACCAAAACACAUUGAACAAUGUCAAAAGAGCAUUUCAUCUAGAUUACAGCAGCAACGAUGACUCUUCCUCACCUGAUGUUAUGAUACUUUCCGGGUCUGAACCAUCCGAGCUUCAAGACUCAUCAGAUGAGGAUGAAGAUUCAACAAUGGAGGGUAAUAACCCUAACAAUCCAAUAAUUAUGUCUGAUGAAACCAAUUCAAUCAUUGAGUUGAGCGAAGACAGUUAUGAAAGAAAAGAUAUAGCUGACCAUAGGUAUAAUCCAGAGGUUUCCUAUAGAAAGAGAUUGACAAGUACGGACGUGACCGGAAGUAGAUUGUACCUAGGUGCUAGUUUUGCUGCACAUCUCACUCCAUUUGGACAUGGUUCCAUUUGACAGAUCGCUGGUCCAUCAUCUAGUGGCGACAACAAUGUCUUUUUUUUCUAUUUACUCAAAAGUCAAGGAAGAAAUACAGAGUGGAGAUUCACGACAGAGGAACAGUCCAAUGGUUAGCUACCAGAAUUUGUCGGGUUGGCUUUAUAACCGACAGAUGAGACUCACAGCCACUAGGACAGGCAUGCAUCAUAUGCAUUAUAUGUGAAUUGUCUGGAUUGCCUGAUUGACUGCAUCAUUACUUGCUAAUUUCCUAAUUGUCUUAUUUGCUUCCUACUUGUGCAUCUCUUUGUUUGAUAUACUUGUGUUUGCAUUUCAAUUACAGUUGGUGGUUGGGAGUUUUGCAGGAUUUGGAAAUGGGAUAUCUAGUUAGUCUAAAGAUCCUUAAGUUAGUCGCCUAUUUACAUUUAUCAUGGUUUAGCAUUGUUUAUACGCUUUGAUUAUGAUC